AGAGAGAGAGAGAGAGAGAGAGAGAGUGAGAGAGCAAGCAUGCUGAUAUACUUCAGAUUGCAAUUGUAAUGCUAUGUGCAUCUUGAAGCGUCUUGACGGCAGAAUUACUUUCCCAGACCGCAGCACGCGCUACGGCCGUGUAUGCCGAACGCAAGACACUAACCGCACUUGAACCAUCACGCUGGUGUGCGUGCGUGUGCCCUUAUAUAUGCGUGCUAGAUCGAGAGUGCACUUUCUUGCGGCAGCAGCCACUCGGAAGACAAUAGAUGGUUGAGAUGCAGCUACGCACACACAGAGAUGCGUUCGCUGGACGGAAAACUGCAAUCGGGAACGACCGAGAAGCAAAACCCGAACGCGAAAUGCACAUACCAAAGUGCAAAUGCGAAUGUACCUUUUCUUGUUCGCCACCCAUCGCCAAACCCCUUCCCAACCCACCCACCCAAGCCACCGACAGUGGAAGAGGGAAGCUUUAUUUUUUUUUUCUCGCAAAUGUCCAUAGGACAAAGCAAUCGUGUUUUGCAAGUGCCCAGUUCAUUCGCCGUGCAAGAUGGGUUCGUGCACUGUUUGCCCCUCUGAACACACUCUCACGGUCUUCGGGUGUUGAACCGGAGGGAUGAAGGAGGUGGUGUUGUGCUGAAACAUCGAUCGAGUACAGUGGGAUAGACAGUGUGACACCCACAUCACAUUUGGACCCACACACACAUACACACACACACCAGCGCCGGGAACACUUGCCCCAUUCCCAGCGAGCGAAGCAACAGCAAAAAAGAAAGGGCCAACGAAAGAGGGCAUACGGGGCUAUGUAUGGAAUAAUAAUGCAUAUUAUAAAAGGGCAGCACACACACUCACACACAUACACCCAUGUGCACAAACAAAGGGUUUCUCGCGCAAAACCCAGACAAAACCUUCCUGGUCUGCAGCAGCAGUACACGCACGCACCCGAUCGAACAACCAACCCGAUGCACAAUAUGGAUAUUGUUGAACAAAAAGGGAGCAAUUUAAGGGCGGCAAUGUUCGUUUUUAAUUUGUAUAAUUAGCAUAACGGUUCCUUAUGGAGAGGGAGAGAGUAGAUGGGGGAGAUAAGUUUAGAAAAAGUUAAUAUCCGAAUAAAACCGAAUGACCGAAGAUCAAAUCCCAUCCAGACUGCUGCCUCCUCUAUAAGCGGCACUGACUAUCCAGCUACGGGUGCAAAUCAAGUCACUGAGAGCCAGAAAUUGGCGAGCCCGAGUUUUUUUUCGAGAUUGUAAUCCCAAAGCGGAACAAGAAACGGCUAUUGGCCGGCUUUGCUUCAAAACCCAAAAUUCUUCGGCGAUUGUUCCCCAUGGAGAUAGUUGGUGGGAAUGGGGAAAGGGGGUCUGAAAGGUGGAAGGGUAUUCUGAUUUCUUAAGGAUGCCAAUACGCGGUUCCAACCCCCCCCCCAACCCCUUGCUUCUCCGCCCUUCACCCCCUCGCGUCAACAAACACGACCCCUUCACUGUUACUGCUCUGGAAGGCAGGCGUGUUCUGUGAUGCAAUUAUUAAACAACUUUCGUCAUAUGUAUGAAUUUCUUUUCACACCAUCCUAUCUUCGUGGGGGUGUAGAAGCGGCAGGGUGAGCACCGGGGUUACAAGUAGUUCAAGAAGGGGGUUGUGAGUUGGAAGGCAAUAAACGAUCGAGCGCGACGACGACGAUGUCCGAGCCCGAAGAUAGUUUAUGCUAGCCUACAACAAUCCGCGCAAGGAGCGCACACCAUAGUUCUCAACACACACACACACAUACGCGGUAGGGCAAGCGCAUGACCUCAGCCGGCGGGUAAGAACGCCGUGGGGUGGACGCGGUGCGGAGCGGCGGGGGUGGUGGAACCAGUGGGCGGGGAAGGAUGGCUGGAACACACAAAACAGCCAAAGACGUCGUCGGCUUCAUUUCUUCGCUAACUUCGUGCGGAAGAACAACGCGCUGUCGUCUUCUCCUGCUCGGCUGUUGUUGCUGCUGCUGCUGCUGCUGCUACUACUGCUGCUGCUCUGGCACUGCAGCGUCGCACCGCACACAAGAAACUAAAAAAAAAACAUAGAAGAAAAGAAGAAAAGUAAAGUAAAGUAAAACUUCGAAAGAAGAAAAAGAAGAAGACAAACCCGCGAGAUUGAAGAAGAAGAAGAAGAAGAAGAAGAAAGCAGGAAAAGGAAAAAAGAAAAGCAAAGGAAAAGCGAAAAAAGCGCUAAAGCCAUGUUCUCGAUUGAAUCCAUUUUAAAGUCUCAAAUCUCACAGAGAGUUAGGAUGCAGAUACAGCACGUCCGGGAUCUGUGCGCGGUGCCAGGGACGGCAGCCGAACUCAACUGUACCGGCGACAUCCUAUCCGUGCAGAACCUGCUGCCGCAGCUAGCGGCACCGGAGAACAAGCCGCACCAGUGCCAGCAGUGCUUGAAGAGCUUCUCCUCCAACCAUCAGCUGGUGCAGCACAUCCGCGUGCACACGGGCGAGAAGCCCUACAAAUGUUCCUACUGUGAUCGGAAGUUCAAGCAGCUUUCCCAUGUGCAGCAGCACACCCGUCUGCACACCGGCGAACGCCCGUACAAGUGCCAUCUGCCGGACUGUGGCCGUGCUUUUAUUCAGCUUUCUAACUUGCAACAGCAUCUGCGCAACCACGAUGCGCAGGUCGAGCGGGCCAAAAGCCGCCCGUUUCACUGCAACCUGUGCGGUAAGGGCUUCGCGACCGAGUCCAGCCUACGUACGCACACGUCCAAGGAGCUUCAGCUGCAUCUGGGCGUACUGCAGCAACAUGCCGCCCUGAUCAGCAACUCGAACAGCGUCACCUGUAACGUGUGCAGCAAGAUCUUUCUCGGUGUCGAAGCGCUCAACGAGCACAUCAAGUACACACACAAGGAGGUGGCAGGUAUGGUGAAGCGGCGUGUCGCAAACCAUCCGUGUCCGAUGUGCGGGAAGCAUUACGUCAACGAGGGAUGCCUGCGGAAGCAUCUGCUGACCCAUCCGCGCACACCGACGUUCCGUUCGAAUCUUCAGAUGUGGCCAUGCUCGGUGUGUCAGGCUGUAUUUACGCAUGAAUCCGGUUUGAUCACACACAUCGAGCACAUGAAGAUGGAUCCGAAGCAUCAAUUUGCCGCCCAGUACAUGUUUACGAAGGCGGUCGUUGAGCAGCGCGAAAAGGAAUCGGCCGGUGGUAGCAGUAUGGUCGGGAUGGGCGGUGUGCCCGGCUUACCGAGCUCGAUGGUGACGGUGAAGGAGCUCACGCACAACAGCAUCUCGCCGCUCAACUACUCGGAAAACUCGUCCACGAUGGGUUCGGAAAAGAAUGGCGAAAGUGCGGGUGGUGGUGGUGGUAGUGGUGGUGGUGGAGGUGCCGGCGUGGGUGGUAAUGGAGCUGGGGGUGGUAAUGGUGGUGGUGGUGGUGGUAGUGUGGUUGGUGCGACGGGUUCGGUGUUCGAUAACCAUCGUAUGCCCAACCACCCGCACGGUGGUUUACCUUUCGGGGGUAGCGGGGGCACCAACGGAGGGGGAUCCGUCGGCGGCAAUGGUGGUGCGCUCGGUGGUGCGAACGGCGGCGGCACGAACGGUGUUGGCGGAGGCGGUGGCGGAGGAGGUGGCGGCGUUGGAGGCGGAAUCUGUGCCGGGGGCAGUGCGUUAGAUAACAAUAAUAGUCAAUUUUCGCGCAUGAUGAUGAUACAGGAGCCGAAGUUCGAGCCGGAUCUGAUGCUGAACGAGGGUACACCGUCGGCGGUGCAGGCCGCGGUCGUGAAUCUCGCGACCGCGAUGCGCAUCGGCCAAACGUUCAAGAGCAACACCAUGCACGGCGGUGACCUGCACGGUGGUAACGCGAACCUUGGUCCGUUGAAGAAGAAAAGUAAUAUGCUUAAUUUUAACGACUCCAAAUACUCACUAGCUAACCGUCAAAAAUAUCCUGUGGCGUCUACAGAGUCGUCGAUCGGUCAGAACCACUGUCCCGCUACCUCGGAGACGGCGAUACGGAUCCAGCAGGCGGAAGCGAUCCUGCGCUCGCAGGCGGAAGCCGCCUUGCGGCUAGCGGUGUCCCAGGCCCAGGCCGUCGUCUCGUCGAACGCGGGUAUCGGGAACGGUGCCGGUGGCGGUCCGGUCGGUGGAAAUGGGAUCGGUGGUUCCGGUGGACCGGGCGGACCGGUCGGUGUACCGCUCGGCGGUAUGUUGGGCCAUCACAAUCCGCACGCGCUCGUUACCGGGCGGAACUGCAACGAGGACGCACGUACCGGUCCGAACGAUAACACUAGCUGUGGCCAGUUCGAUCCGACCGGGGAACAUUUGCGGGCAGCGAUGCGCGAACAUCAGUCCCAGCAGCAGCAGCAGCAGCAGCAAGCGAACGAUGACUGUCACCCGUUCGCCCACAGUCCCGUACCGCGCAACGGGCUGGACCUUACCGACGAGUUCCUAAAGAGUGAAAAUGUGCUGAAGGGAUGAGAGUAGAUGCACCGUUACCACCACUACUAAAGCACGAAUGCGAUUAUUAUCUACCGUGUUUGAAUGGUAGUAAUAAUUUUGAAGGUGCAUUAACCGGUGGGAGACCUUAGGACGGAGGACGUUCGAGGGAAAGAGUUGGUCGGGAAGCGGUCGCGCGAAGCACAGUAGAGCGAGCACGGGAACACGGAAGAACUCGAAUGUUAAUCCUAACAACACACUUCCGGUUCCGGGUUGACUCGGUACCCCGCGGAUUCGUCCGACGACGACGAUAGCAAUUCUCAUCAGAUGAAAACAUUAUUUUUUUGCAAUUAUUGUAAACAAAACAAAAACUUUUAAGACUAAAACAAAAGAAGCCCCAAAACAACCGAACGGAAGCGAAUGAUGAAAGAAGAAGAGAGAGAGAAGAAAAAGCUAACUAAAAACACUAAUGAGAUAGAAAGUAGAAGAUGAAGAGGAGAAGAUAGCAUAACAACAAACAAAUAACAAAAUGAAUGAUGAAAGGGACUCGAUGUGUGAAUUAGUAAGCAAAAACAUGAAUUAUAUAUGUAAAAAAAAAACAACAACAACAAAACACAAAUAAACCGACAGGAAUCCCCUUUUGCUGCAUUAUGCCACACUCGGAGAGAAACACGAGCUCCGAGCUCUAAAACAAAAAAAA